UUAGAGUGAACGCGCCUUGAACAGUGAAAAAAACACAGAUGAAAGAAUAUAUACUAGUGUAUCGUUUGUGGUUUCUCAAACCAACAAAAAAAAAAGGGAUAAGAACAAAAACAAUUACCUGUUCACGUUUCGACUCGUUUGAUUCCAUCCGUUUUUUCAACAUCCGCCAGCGUCCAAUUACCUUCAUCCUACCUGAAGUAUGAAAAAAGAAGCAAUCACAAGUCUGUAUUGUAAAUAAUGAAUAAAUCAAUAAAAAAAAAAGAUGAUAUACGAAGCAUUACUCCAAACAUAGCUAACUGUAUAACCAGCCACCACCAAUGAGAGAAUAGAAGGAUUCUUCUUCUUUGACACCAAAGAUGAGUCUCUACUCUUCAAACCCGUAGCAAUAAGAGCAGCUGCAACGGGAUCGUUGAUGGUCCUUAGCGCAUAAUCAUAUGCUUUUGGGAUUAUAAUAAUAUUAUUUGAGCUAAAUAAGCUAAGGAUUAAUCCUUACAUAAGGAUUUAAAGGUGUUGAUCCUUAAAGACGUGGCAGCGGGUGAUUCGUUGGUCGGCUUUCGUCUUUCGUAUAUCAAAAAAAAAAUCAUUUUCGACCGAAGCGGAGAAAAAAAGAAAAGCUCUCGAGGAAAGGCAAAUUGGAACCGUCUCGCUACGAAGGUAAAAUCGAACCCUUCUCUUGCCGAUUUAGGGAUUUAGAUUACGUUCGAUGUUGUUUUCCUGUCAAUUUAGUGUUCGGUUUUGUGUUUUCAAUCGAUUUGGGGUCAUUUACGUUUGAAAUUAGGUUUUCGAAAAACUAGGUUUUCAAUCGAUUUGGGGUUUAGGUCGUUUGUAGUUAGGGUUUGAAAAGCAUUUUGGUUUCAAACGAUUUGGGGUUUAGGUCGUUUGUAGUUAGAGUUUUGUGUUUUCUGCUCAAGUGUUUUCGUUUGUUCUUAACUCGAUCCCUAUGAUUUGAUAAUCUUUGGUGAUGAUUUGUUGUCGUUUGUUCUUACUCGGGUUUUUAAUUGAUUUGAUAAUCUCCUCGUUUGUUCUUUUAUCCUUUUACUCUGAUUUAGUUUGCUUGGAAACUCAUUGUUGAUAUUGUUUACAUUCGUUUCUUGUUUGCAGAUGGCGAAUCCACAUGAACCUCAUUUCUUCAAGCCUCUGCUUCCUGGUUUCCACAGUGGCAUAACAAUACCACUUGGCUUCUUCUCAAAGCACAUAGAAGGGAAGACGAACCAGAAAACAUGGAAACUAAGAUCGGACGCUUCAGAUAAAAUUUGGGAAGUGAUACAAGAAGGCAGGAGACUCACCGGAGGUUGGAAAGAUUUCGCCACAGCACAUGACCUUCGAAUCGGUGACAUUGUCAUCUUCAAACACGAAGGAGACAUGGUGUUUCAUGUCACUCCUUUUGGUCCUAGCUGUUGUGAGAUUCAGUAUACAGAUCCUGACAUCAUCAAAGAAGAAGCCGACGCGGGUGAUGCUGAUGACAAUGAGAUUAGAACAAGGGCGAUGUCUUCAUUCUCAUUCGACUACUGUUUUUUGGCGGAGGUCACUGCUUCAAAUCAAGAAGAAGACAAACUUUAUCUUCCUGUGGAAGCUACGCAAUCUACUGCUUUGAACAAACAAUGCCAAGAGAUAAUACUUGUGAAAAAAGAGGGAAACUCAUGGACUGCGAGUUUGCGAUUUAGCGAAUCAGACGACAUGUACUACAUCAGAAGAGGCUGGAGAAAGUUCUGUCUUGAUAACAGAUGCGUCAUAGGAGACUUAUUUGUGUUCAAUGUGGUUGGAGAUGACAAAACUACUCCAUUAAUGUGUGUAUGUCCAGAAAGGAAAGAGUGUUCUGAACUGUUGACCAAACACUUGAGCAGAAAGAAUGGUGAGUCUUUAACUUGCUUGUUAUUUCUUUUACUACAUUGCUUCUGCUUUAACUUGUUUUGUCUUGUUCUGCAGCUCACAUUGCUUCUAGCUCACGGAUGA